AUGACUCUUCCUACGUCUGUCUCUAUUAACUCAUUCCCCAGGAAUCCAUUCAUUCAUUCAAAGAACAUUUACUCAAGUCUCCCAUGUGCCAGGUCCUGUGCUGAGCGACACUGGGGACCCAGGAAGCUACCAGUCCUGUCAGACUUGUCCAGCCCCAGAGGGAUCAGUGCAGGCCCUGGGUCUUGCUCCAGUAUCCUCGCGGGUGCGGCCAGCACCAUGGACACCUCACGCGCUCUGCCACUCCUCCUGCUCCUGGCCUCCGGAGUAGAGGUCCUCGCCUUCCAAGCCUCUUCUGAAAUUCAGAGAACCAGUCUCUCCUCGGACCCAGAAAGCUCUUCCCAGGGCCCGGGUGCGAAAGUUCCCUCCACCCAUCCCCCCAGCUGGAAAUUCCCAGAUCAGACGGCAGGCUCAAAAGUCUCCACGGAUACCCCGGUUUCCAAAUGGUCUCCCAAGGGGCUAAAUUUGAACGAUUCCUUAAGGUCCAAUAUUUCUGCUGAGAGCAAAAAUCUGAAUCUGGAACCCUUCUCUGGAAUCCCCAGUUCCAGUGUAUCUCCUGACACCUUGGGUUCACAAGUUGCUGCCCCAAGCUGGGAGCCUUCCUUGUCUAUUAGGACCCCAGCUUCCAGCAUUUCUGCUCACGUCCCCGAUACUAAAGUCUCUAUGGAGGCCUCAGCUUCAAAAUACUCCCCUAAGGAUGGGGAUCUUGAGUUCUCUGCCCAGAGCCUGGGUUCCAAAUUGUCCUCAGAGGCCCAUGCGGGGACAAGCUUCCCCCUGCAGGCGGGGGAGCCUCUUGCCGUCUUGGUGGGGACCACCAUCCAGCUCCGGCUGGUUCCAGUCCCCAGCCCUGGCCCCCCACCCCCUCUGGUAGUUUGGCGCCGAGGUUCCAAGGUGUUAGCAGCGGGGGGCCUGGGGCCAGGGGCCCCUCUGACUAGCCUGGACCCCGCUUACCAAGACCGCCUACAAUUUGACCAGACCCAAGGGCGCCUGGAGCUCACCUCUGCUCAGCUGAAAGAUGCUGGGGUCUACACAGCAGAGGUCAUCCGGGCUGGGGUCUCCCGGCAGAUCCAGGAGUUCACGGUGGGUGUGUAUGAGCCCAUGCCCGAACUGUCCAUGCAGCCCGAGGCUCCGGAGACCCAGGAGGGAGCAGCGGAGCUCCGGCUGCGCUGCAUGGGGUGGGGGCCGGGUCGCGGGGAGCUGAGCUGGACGCGGGACGGACGCGCCCUGGAUACAGUGGAGUCUGCGGGAGCCGAGCCACCGCGGAUCCGCGCAGAGGGCGACCAGCUUCUUAUCGCGCGUCCGAUGCGCAGCGACCACGCCCGGUACACAUGCCGCGUCCACAGCCCCUUCGGCCACACGGAGGCCUCAGCCGACGUCAGUGUUUUCUAUGGCCCGGAUCUGCCGAUCAUCACUGUCUCCUCGAACCGCGAUGCCAAUCCCGCACUGUAUGUCACCGCGGGCAGCAACGUGACCCUGAGCUGCACCGCCGCCUCGCGGCCACCGGCCGACAUCACCUGGAGUCUGGCCGACCCCGCCGAGGCCGCCGUGCCCGCCGGCCCGCACCUCCUGCUGCCCGUGGUCCGGCCCGGCCACGCCGGCGCCUACGCCUGUAUUGCCACGAAUCCGCGCACCGGCAGCCGCCGGCGCUCUCUGCUCAACCUCACCGUGGCUGAUCUGCCUCCCGGGUCCCCUCAGUGCUCCGUCGAAGGGGGUCCUGGGGAUCGCAGCCUCCGCUUCCGCUGCUCGUGGCCAGGCGGGGUCCCUGCCGCCUCCCUGAAGUUCCAGGGUCUCCCCGAAGGCGUCCGGGAGGGACUGGCGUCCUCUGUGCUCCAGGCAGUGGUCCCCGCCCACCCCCAGCUCAGCGGCGUGCCCGUCACCUGCCUUGCUCGCCACCUGGUGACCACGCGCACGUGCACUGUCACCCCGGAGGCCCCCCGAGAGGUCCUGAUUCAUCCGAUCGUGGAGGAGACACAGUCUGGGGAGGCAGAGGUAGCGCUGCUGGCGUCUGGCUGUCCCCCACCUUCCCGAGCUUCCUGGGCCCGGGAAGGGCGGCCCCUAGCCCCAGGAGGCGGCGGACGCCUGCGGCUCACCGAGGACGGGCGGAGACUUCUCAUCGGCAACUUCAGCCUGGAUCGGGACCUGGGAAAUUACUCAGUGUUGUGCAGUGGGGCGCUGGGUGCUGGGGGCGACAAGGUCACCCUCACUGGACCAUCCAUCUCCUCGUGGAGGCUGCAGAGAACCAGGGAUGCAGUGGUGCUGACUUGGGAUGUGGAACGCGGGGCCCUGAUCAGCCGUUUCCGAAUCCAGGCACAGGUGGAGGGCCCUGACCCUGGCAGAGCCAUCGCCUCUAAGGACUGGGUCUCCUUGCUCAUCCUGGGGCCUCGGGAGCGGUCAGCUGUGGUGCCCCUCCCUCUUCAGAACCCUAGGACCUGGGUCUUUCGUAUCCUGCCCACCCUGGGAGGCCAGCCAGGGACGCCCUCCCAAAGCCAGAUCUACCAGGCCGGUUCCACCCUGGGCCCCGGGGCCAUCGCUGGCAUCGUUCUGGGGUCCCUACUAGGCCUGGCACUCCUGGCAGCUCUUCUCCUCCUGUGCGUCUGCUGUCUGUGCCGCUUUCAAAGAGAGGCCUAUAAGAAAAAGAAGCAACCCUGCACAUGGGCCCCUGUAGCCCCCCAACCGGAAAAGAAGGUGCAGAGCGUGACCCCAGUGCAGACCCCACAGCCUCUGCCCCUCAAAGUACCGCUGGAGAACCCUAGCCCAAUCAGGGCUCACCCAGCCACUGGCGUGCCUCCAGGUGGGGGCCCCAAAACCGUUAGGGCGGCCACACAGGUGUGA